UCCAUAUUCAGAGUCUCAAGAAUCAAAAUUGUUAGGCAUUAUAUUAAGUCAAGGGUCCAACUCAAGUAUACAAGUGUCAGUUGUGCUUGAAUUAUAGUUGGGAAGAAUACAUGUCCCAGUCAUGUCGUUAAAUUACUUUAAUCUCUGGAUACAGUCAAAGAUGGUAUAGGGUUGGUUACAUCCACAAAAUUUAAUGGCCCUAUAACAAGAUUUAAUUAAAAAAAUUUUGAAUCCACAACAAAAAAUUCAAGUCGCUAACUUUUAAUGGAUAAGGAUCACAUUGAAAAAUUGAGUGAAAGUUUAUGGACUGAGGAGUUAAUUUAACCCCAAAAUUAUGAAACCUUGGAGGAUCUGAACAAGGGAUCGUUUGAUUUUGUUUUUUUUGACAGGAUAAGCCAAUAAGGAAUGGGUGAUAAGAAGAAAAAGGCUCAAACGUUUGUUCGGCUUGUCUCGGCUGCUGGGACUGGAUUCUUCUAUGUCAAGAGGAAGCCUAGGCAGUUUACAGAGAAGCUUGAGUUUAGAAAGUACGAUCCUAGGGCUAGUCGUCAUGUUUUGUUCACAGAAGCAAACAUGAAGUGAUAAAGGCACUUUUCAUAUCUGUAAUUGCACCAACAAAUUCCUACUGCAUUUUCAAGAUUUUAGCUGUUUAUAUGUACUUUUUGGACCAAAAUGGAGGUGGCAUCUAAUAAGUGGUGGAAUGUCCAAUUAAUGUGCACUCAUACUUGCACUCUUGUUACUGAGAACUGUUCUACCAUUUCUGCCUCUUUCCCUUUGAAUUCAGACCGAGGUUUGAGUGCUUGUUAUUUCUUGA